AUAGGUGUUGGCCAAUCUGUCAAACAAAAAGUUUCGCUGUACGUCCGCGGUGUGUGUGUAAUAGAAGAAUUUGUUAGCAAAAAUAUUUUUUAGCUUGUAAUAAACAAUAGUUUACAAUAAAAAUUAACAAAUAACAUAAUAAUAGUGUAACAAAUAAAAACAAUUAGCAUAAUUUGCACAAAACGUAAGUGUGAAAAGUGUCAGAAUAAUCCCAAGAAAAAGGCAAAGUAAAGAAAGAGCACAAAAAUACAAGUGUUGGAUAAAGUGAAGAGGACGUCAAACGACGACUACGACGAACGAAGCAAAAAAAGGGAGAAUCAUUUAUACAGCAAGCAGCAGUUUUUAUUUUUUCAACAGGAGAAGAAAAUCGAAACGAAAAAAAGAGGAGAACUCCCAGGCAAUUAUAAAAAAAAGAAAAUUUAUCAUCAUUGGACUUGUGAAAAAGGCACAAUUUUGGAUGGAAAUUAAAACUUAACUACACGGCUACAAGUGAAAUAUAACAAUUUUAGAUAUAGAGAUUUUCACCAUCAUCAUAUAAAAAAAAACUGAAGAACAGCAGUAGUAGUAGUAAAAAAUUGGAAAAACAAAAAAUAAAAAAAUACAGCAACAGCCACUCUUUUUUUUAUACAAAAAAAUCAUUAAAAAUAAUAAUUCUAUAAUAUAAAACCCCCCAAAAACUAUUUGUAAAAAAUCGACACAAACAUGAAUGAGUUGGAUAGUUUGAGACAAGAAGCCGAGACCCUUAAGAAUGCCAUACGUGAUGCCCGUAAAGCGGCUUGCGACACAAGUCUGGUUCAGGCGGCCUCGUCAUUGGAACCCAUCGGUCGUAUACAGAUGCGCACGAGACGUACACUUAGAGGCCAUUUGGCGAAAAUCUACGCCAUGCACUGGGGCAACGAUUCUCGGAAUUUAGUAUCAGCUUCUCAGGACGGCAAACUGAUUGUUUGGGAUUCGCACACCACCAACAAGGUCCAUGCCAUACCACUGCGUUCGUCGUGGGUGAUGACGUGCGCGUAUGCGCCCUCCGGCAGUUACGUCGCCUGCGGCGGUCUUGACAACAUGUGUUCAAUUUACAACCUGAAAACGCGCGAGGGCAAUGUACGAGUCUCUCGUGAACUGCCCGGUCAUGGUGGCUAUUUGUCAUGCUGCCGUUUUCUGGACGACAAUCAAAUCGUCACCAGUUCCGGCGACAUGACAUGCGGCUUGUGGGACAUUGAAACCGGCCAACAGGUAACAUCAUUUCUGGGACAUACCGGCGAUGUAAUGGCUCUAUCGCUGGCGCCCGGCUGCCACACAUUCGUGUCGGGCGCCUGCGAUGCAUCCGCAAAACUGUGGGACAUACGAGAAGGUGUCUGCAAACAGACCUUCCCCGGCCACGAGUCCGACAUCAACGCCGUGACAUUCUUCCCCAACGGUCAGGCGUUUGCCACCGGCUCUGACGAUGCUACUUGUCGUCUAUUCGACAUUCGCGCCGAUCAAGAGCUCGCCAUGUAUUCGCACGACAAUAUCAUCUGCGGCAUUACAUCGGUGGCAUUUUCAAAGAGUGGUCGUUUGCUGUUAGCUGGUUACGAUGACUUCAACUGCAAUGUUUGGGACACAAUGAAGGCCGAACGUUCGGGCAUACUCGCAGGUCAUGAUAAUCGCGUUUCUUGUCUGGGUGUCACCGAGAAUGGUAUGGCAGUAGCAACGGGUUCAUGGGAUUCGUUCUUGCGUGUAUGGAACUAAAUACCAACUUAAAAUUUAAGUAUAAUACAGCAACAACAACCACACAUACACACAACAACAAAAACAAAAGCCUACAACAAAAUGAAAAAGAAAACUAUUUACUACUAUACUACAUUAUAGUUUAAACAAACAAAUAAAUAAAUGCCGUGGUCACUCUACAACACAACUACAACAACAAACAGCAACAAAAAAAAGUCAGGUUUGAGGAUUUUUUCUGUCAAAAGGGACAUGCAACCAACCAACCAAACAAACAACAACAAUAUAUUAUAUUAUAUAUAUGUAUUUGUAUUUCUAUAUAUAAAACAUAGAUUCUUAUUUUUUAUUUUUUAAUAUAAACAACACUAGUCUUUAAGUUUUGAGUAUUUCUUGUAACCAAACAAAUCUAAUAAGCUUAAAACAACAACAUCAACAACAACUUUACUUCUUUUUCUUAAAAACCAAAAAAGAAAAUUUAUAUAAAAAAGAAGAAAAUAAUAUUUUUUUCCUAAUUUUUUAUAAUGGAAAUUUUUACGUACAAUUUUUGCACAAAUCUUAUUAAAAUAUAUAUAAAAAAAACAAACUGUAAACUUAUAACUUAUUAAGAAAUACUCAAUAUCUUGUUUUAUUAUAAAAAAUCAAAAAUUAGAUGAUUGUUUACUGUUUUUUAUUUUUUUUUAGUUUUUUUAACAUUUAUUUUUUUCUCACUUAAUGUGUAAGCUUGAAAAUUUAAACAAAAAAAUGUAAUAAGAAGAAAUUACAUUAUAAGUUUUUUUUUCCUUUGUUUGUUUUUAUGGACCACCAGCCACAACAACAACAUACACACACACAGUAUUUCCUAACUACUACAUACAUAUAUUUACAUAUUUAAACACUACUAUUUAAAAAUAAAAAAAAAAAAAAACAAAAAAAAAAUUUUUUUUUGUAGUUUGCUAGUUUGUGGUAUUUUGGAGGAGUGUCCUGUCGAAGAGAAGUUAAAGUAAGGGGAACUUUUAGAAGAGUCUUUGGUUCCUUACCAACUGUUAGACAAUCCUGUUAACUUUUUUUAAAAGAAAUUUAUAACUUUCAGAUUUCAUUAAGACAAAGUAGAAAUUUUUGUAAAAAAUGUAAACAAACAUGAAGUUAGAUAGUUUGAGACAAUAAGCUUAAACUCUUAUGUAUGAUAUAUGUAAUGCCCAUAAAGUGGUAUCGUUAAUGGAACUAUUCUUUCCUAGACAGAUGAGCACGAGACGUAUAUUUAGAAGCCAUUUGGGAAAUACUUAUGCGCUGCAGUGGGGCAAUAAUUCACGGCUGGCAAACUUCUUGUUUGUAAUAAAAAAACGACUUUAGGUACGCCAAUAACUUCUAUCUAAAGCCACUACUUUAGUUCCAUUUUCUUAUUCAAAAAGUAAAAUUUUUUCUAACGAAAUUUUAAAUACUAAUGCUAUUAACAGGAUUUUCAAUCAUUGGUAAGGAAUUGAAAAUCAUUAAUUUUUCCUAAAUUAACUCGUUUUUAUCUAAUCAGUGUUUAACAUAUGUGGAUUAUUCCUACAAAAUAGAAAUCUAUAGGCAACUCUUGUUGUAUAUUCUUCACUUCUCGAUAAGUUUUAAAAGUCGAGCAAAGUAAUAAAUUUAUUUUAACAAAAUCCGCAAGACUUUUUGAAAGAAGAAAACUUUUGAAAUAUAACGUAUUUAGAGUACAAGUUUAAAUAUUUCUAAUUUCAUUUUUAAAUACUAAGAAAUUACUUUGCAGUACUAUUUGCUCUAUAUGUAUAAGUAAACUCUCCAAAAUGUUCUAAUCAAAUCGAAACUUUUGGAAUUUACCACUUAUUUCAAAUAUGCGAUUUCGAUUGAAAAGGCCAUUGCACAAAAACGACAAUAUUUUUAGCAUAAAAGUUCUUUUUACGCACAAAUUUAAAAAAAAAUUUACUUUUUUUCUAAAAGAAAAUAUUCAUAAAGUAAACUAAGUAAAAUAAAAAGUUAAAACUUCGGCCCGUGUAUUGCAGAAGACUACUUUUUAUUAAAGAAAAAGAUUUUGAACUUGUACUAGAAGAAACUUUAAGGACAACUAGCUUAUAAUUUUGAAAAUUUUACAUCGAUAAGGAGUUUUUAAUAGAUCAAAGUGUUUAAACUUGUAUAGAAGAUGACGAAAACUAUCAAAUUUUUCUAGGUUUAAUAUUUUAAAACAUUUUUAAUUAAACUAUAAGUAAGGAUUUACUUGUGCUUGAUAGGCUGGUGGUUAAAGUUUAUGAAAAACAACAAAAAAAAAACUUAUUAACAAAAAUCUCAAAAAAAAAAAAAUUUUCUUACUAUGCUUUUUCUUUGCUUAAACCAAAAAAAAAUAAAUAAAUAUGAGAAAACUACUUUAUUGUACGUUUUGAAACAAAAACAAAAUCCCAAUAAAUUAUUUAAAAAUAGCUUAAAACAAA